GCAAAUUUCUGUGUUGGGUGUUCCCUUUUACUCUUUUUCCUGCUUUGGCUAUUUUCUUACGAAGUAUUAUGAAGAUUUUCUCACAAUUUAUAACAACUAUACGAGUUCGCUCCGCUCUGUGCACUACAAAGACGUUAAACGGCUUGAAAGUAUUCGAUUUUAUGGCCAUUUGCUGAAACAGACUUUAAAUAUUUUGCUUGCGGCUCUUCUUUUUUACGUUCAUAGUCAGAUUCUGCUCGAUUUUAAUUUACUGGUCGAGCACUACACCAUGCAACAUUUCAAAACAAUUUUAAAUUUACUGAAUUGGCUAAAGGGGAUGCCUGGCGGACUGAAACUCAACGCACCAUUAGGCCAUUUUCUAGGCAACGUCUUUGCCAAUUACAUGAACGUGUGGAAAUAUGUUAUUAUUUAUUUGUUCUCGAUUCUUCCAUUCCUUCUGAAGUUGAGUUUUGUUUUCGGAUGCUUUUACGGCGUUAUUCUUCUUUUUUCGAUUGCAGUGGAUUUCUUUCGUAUAUUCACGCUGCAUCUUGUCAUCUGCUUCGUGGUUUCCAGAAAAUUAUAUGAAAUUUUUGUGCACAACCUGCUCUCCAUGUAUAGGCACUUUAUGGGCAUUAAAUGGAAUGUUCUUCGCAGGAGGAUCGACUCUUGCGAGCUCCGAAAUGACCAACUUUUCGUCAAUACGCUUUUUUUAAUGAACCUUUUGUUUCUUUUUCCUACAGUCGCCGUUUAUUAUUACGCUUUUACGGCAUUUGUUAUUGGCUAG